AUGUCGAAUCUUGUGCAGCAUCGAGCGAUGCACGAUGAGGGACCAUAUGUGGCGGUCAUCCACACUGGAAACAACCGUGGUUCGCACGCCGACCAUAUGCAAGCCUCCGUGAUGGACAACUACGUCCCAUGCCCGUACGAAGGGAAGGUUAUUACGAAUGGCACUGCGGCCCGUAUGGUUCUCAUGUUUCUCCGAGAGCUUCUCGACCAUCUGUCUGCGGGCGGGCUAGCCCAGGAGAGCUACAGGUGUCCCAUCUCGAAGUGUCGCAGCACCUUCCCGGCCCCAAUCCAACUCAUUCAACAUCUCUUGUCCUGUCCAUUGCUCCUGAGCGGCGAGUUUGACUGUGACAAGUGCAACAGUUGGCACAGCUACCCUACAAACGAAAAGGACUGGGCACAAUGGGUGGGCUGGAAGUCACAACCACCCGCGCAUGGGAGCCACAUCCAGCGAAAGCGCAGCCUUGGCUCAAAAAUGAGGGACUUCGCCAUCUUGAGGAGAAAGGAAUCCUCGCGGAAACAGAACCCAGCCUUAGACCGACAAUCCAAAGAUCACAGCUAUUUUUCGAACUCCAGGCCAAGUACAGCAGUCUCAGAGACGCCGAGCACCACUUAUACAGCCAGGGAUGUGGAUCAUAUCAUGGCUUUCCCAGGCCAGGGGCGCACUCUCAACUUCCCAGACGUGGACAAGCCCAUGCUGCCUCACGGCCUUCCGGAGGUCAGUGGAGGCAUGUUUUGGCCCGGUUUCCACGCGAGCCAGCUCUGUGAUUUGCCGUCGACGGUCUCUUCAAUAGCCCCUUCGUCAACACUGGUCGAAGACGAUUCGCCCAAGGCGCUUACUGAAAACAACUCUCAGACUACGCUAUUCAAUCCUGCCUUGAGUCCGUACCAACCUUCUACCACCUCGACCCAGGAAACCACCGGUUCCUUGGCACCAGCACAGCAGUAUCUCUUUCCUUCGCAGCGUCCCUAUGACCAAGGGCCGAUAUCCCUCCCCGGUCCCCAGCCGGCGCCUUCUGCCAUGUCGUUAGAUGAACCACUACCCGUGACCGGGUCGGCUCUGUCACCAGUAGAGCUCCGUCCCACACCAUCAGGUGGUGAACACUCCUGGUGGGGGUCCAAGAUGGGGGUCGAAACACCCCGGCAAGCUCCCUCAUCGCCCGCACACGAGACCAACUUUAACCUCCAAGCAUCCAUGGCGGGCAUUCUGAGCAAGGGGCUAGGCAGUGGCGUGUCCAGUCCAACCUCUCCCUGUAGAGACGCAUCCCCGUUUUAUCGAAUACAGCCAUCUUCAGGCCAUUCCAUGUCUCGAGCACUCAGUCACGAUUCGAUGCAAGUCGGGACGACUGCCUACGGAACGCCAGUCCCUGAUGGAAAUCGAUUGGACGCGCUGUCCCCUCAUGCUAAUCACAAUCACCACUCGCUUGAUGUGCAUCACAAGACGGGUUUAGAAUCUGCUGAAGACCUUAGAUGCGAUGAAUGCAAUUGGAAGCCAAGAGGCGUCAGGGAGAACCUCAAAGGUUACCUCCGCAAACACAAGAACACGCAUAAGGGGCUCAGGCUGGCUUGUGAUGUGCCUGACUGCAGCAAGACCUUCAGCCGGCUGGACAACCUGAAGAAGCACAAAAAGGACAAGCAUGGAAUUGAAGAUGGGAGUAGUAUCACGCCUGGAAAGAAGGUGGACAAUGAUUACGCUGAGAACAUGGAGGAGGAAGUCGAACAGAGGCGGCCGAGCACCGUUGAGUCGGAACUCCGCGGCUUGACGGAAAGCUAUCCAAUGCUCUGGCCGGCGCUGCAUUUUUAG